AUGUUCCCAAUAGUCAAGAAAAAAGUGGUUGAGAGUGUAUUUCUUGAUGAGGAAGUUGAGGAGAAAUUAAAAGAGUUGACAGCUGUGAAGCUGUGUGUCAGAUUAAAUACUCUUCAAUAUAUGCAGAAGCAAAUUAAUUUACUGGAAGAUGGAAUUAAAAAAUCAUGGACAUCUACUAUGGGAAAAACAGAUUCUAUGCUCAUUGACAGUGAAUCACUUGAUGAACUAUUUGUAGCCACCUUUGACAGCAUCAGGGAUUCAGUAGCCGAUGCUAUCAGAAAAAUAUGCGACUUAAUUGGAACCAAAAUUAUCUUCUGGGAUUUGAGAGAUUCAUUUCUUCUCCGUUUAUAUCAUGGUACUGUUGAAGGAUCUCGGUUGGAAAAUUUACUUCCACAUAUCGAUAGUGUUCUUAACCAUGUAUGUGGUCUAAUUGAUGAUACACUAAGAGAUAUGGUGGUGGCUAGUAUUUGUAGGGCAGCCCUGGAAGGGUACAUUUGGAUACUUCUGGAUGGAGGUCCUUCCCGUGCAUUUUCUGAUUCAGAUAUCAUCAUGAUGGAAGAUGACCUGAAUAUGUUACAGGAUCUUUUUGUUGCUGAUGGAGAAGGUCUUCCCCGUUCACUAGUGGAAGUGGAAUCAAAACUUGCCCAUCAAAUUUUAAGCCUUUUCUCUCUCGAUGCGGAAUCAGUGAUUCAUAUGUUGAUGAUGGCAAGUGAAAACUUGUCAACAGGAUUUGGUUCCAAAAUUCAGGGACAAAGAUCAUUGGAUGACGUGGACACAUUAAUACGUGUUUUAUGCCAUAAAAAAGACGGAGAGGCCUCUAAGUUUUUAAAAUUACAAUAUCACUUGCCUGCAUCUUCAGAUUAUGUUGAGACAGCAUCCUACGAGUCAACUCCAAAGUCACCAAUCCCAAUGGGAUCAGAGUUUUUAAGAAGUGCAUCGGUGAAAUGGGGUGAAAAAGGUAAUAGUAGCUUUAGAUUAUUAAAGAAGAGGUUUCAAGAAGUGCAAGGAGGUUCAUUUAGAUGGAGCUAAUAUAAUACAAUAUAAUAUAAAUCACAUUAGAUGAUUAGAAGAGAGCUUAUUGCUGUUUGAGUUUCACAAUCAUUCAUUCAAAACAUGUACAACUAACUCACCUACGUAUUAAAAACAUACAAGAAAUGAAAAUGAAAAUACUGAGAAC